AUGGAACAAUUCCAGAGACCACUUAAGGCCUCGCUCAUGGUCCACGGUCCAGACAACAACGACAGCAACAUUUUCAUCGACUUCAACACACUCGAAGCGAUCAAUCGACACCAACAUUCUACCGUUUCAGAGAACCACCAGAUCGAGAAGGACAGUUAUGGCAAAUGGUCUUUCAAAAAUCGUUGCAAUCGAAAUAUUCUGGCGUCAAUGUCAGACAAUCCUGAAUCUAUGCCACAUUCACCAGCGACAUCAUUUUCAAGUCAUUUCACGGAUUGUUCGUGUGAUGUGCUUCUAAAGUUUUCGGUAGCACGUCUGUACGAUAACCUCAUGUCACCGGGUUUGAAAACAUGCAGGGCCAAUGUAACUUCACUUUUAAAAUCACAAUUGAAUAUUGAAUAUCCAUUCUAA